AUUGAAAUAAUAUUCAAAUUAUACUCGUGUUUCUUGCCUUUUCAGUUAUGCAUCCAGCAGCCAAGGGUCCAGUCAUGUCCCUCAAGGUGUGCCUUCUCCUCGCCUUCCUCAUGGCCACCACUCUAUUCCCAGGGAGCAAAGGCACUCCCUACAGCGACUUCCUGAAAAGAAAUCUGGACAACCCUAAGUCUGACUACCGGAACGAUGAGACUUACUGUGACCAGAUGAUGCGUCGCCGGAACCUGAAUUGCCAGCGGGACAACACCUUCAUCCAUACCGUUGAACAACAUCUGAUUUCCAUCUGCAGUUGCAGAGGGGAAGUCCUGAAUGGGAAGCAGACCAGCAAAACCCUCUUCCCCAUCACAGUCUGCACCCUGAAGAAGGGCCCUAGAGAGCAGUCCUGUAGUUACAAGGGGGAGAUUAAAAUCAGGAAGAUCCAGGUUGCCUGCCAGAAGGGCCUGCCUGUCAAAUAUAUUGCUCAUAUUUAAGCCUAGAAGGAAAUAUAGUUCUGGAAGAGAGGGGGCUGAUGAUAUGACCCCACCUUCCCAUCACUUUCUAAAGCUCCUUUGGCUCCUUUUGCUUCUAUAGAACUAGUUGCAAUUCUGUGCCCAGCUCGAAAUGUAACUUCAGUGGCUUAUGAUGUUUCUCACCUGAUUUAUGUCUAUGUAGCACAUUGCAGAAUGCAGAUGCUAAAUUAAUAUUAAAACGGCAGUAAUGGUUGUUUCUUGCAAGUACAUGUCUGUCAAAGCCACUACACAGUUUUUAAGUCAGUUUCUGUAAAACAAUAAACUUGACUACUAAUAA